UCGGCGAUCACGAAAUCGCUCGCCGAAACCCUAAAACCAGAAGAAGAAGAAGACGAGAAAUUGUCGAAUCGUCGCCGUAGGAGAGCAAAGAGAGAAGGGAUGGGAGUGGAAAAGGAAGUUCUCAGAGCCGGAACUGGCCCCAGACCCGUCGCCGGCCAGAGCGUCACCGUCCACUGCACUGGUUACGGGAAAAAUGGUGAUCUUUCUCAGAAGUUCUGGAGCACCAAGGACCCUGGGCAGCAGCCAUUCACCUUCAAAAUUGGCAAAGGCUCCGUUAUCAAAGGAUGGGAUGAAGGUGUGAUGGGGAUGCAGGUGGGAGAAGUUGCCCGGCUGCGGUGCUCUCCUGACUAUGCUUAUGGUCCCAGUGGAUUCCCUGCAUGGGGUAUUCAGCCAAACUCAGUCCUGGUUUUUGAGAUUGAAGUCCUGAGUGCGAAUUAGCCACCCUGCUCAAUACAAUAUGGUAAUCAUCCCCCGUGUAUCCAUAAUUUUAUCUGUAUGAAUAAUUAUGUACUUUGUUAAACCUUUCAGCCCAACUCCAGUUUUAUGGAGACCUUUGAUCAUCGGGUUUUAUGAUAUCUCAGAAUCUUUCCCAGAAUAUACUACUGUUUCUCUUUUA